AUGCCGCCGGAAGGCGUCGAACUGACACCAAAGAGCCACUUGCUGUCUAACGACGAGAUUAUCACAUUAGCAAAGAUCUUUGCAAAGCGAGGCGUCAAUAAGAUCCGGUUGACUGGUGGUGAGCCAACGCUGCGUAAAGACCUAGAUUAUUUAAUUGCACAAUUAAAGGCCAUUCCUGGUAUUGAAGAAAUUGGAAUAACGACCAAUGGAUUAAUUUUGAAAAGGAUUUUGCCAAAAUUAAAGGAGGCCGGCCUUGAUAAGAUAAAUAUCAGUCUCGAUUCUCUGAUUCCGGCGAAGUUUGAGAAAAUGACUAGAAUAUUUGGGUUUGAGAAGGUGAUGGCCUCGAUCAAAGCAGCCGAAGAUUUGAUGGGCCGAAUCAAGAUAAACGUUGUUGUAAUGAGGGGUUACAAUGUAAAUGAGAUCGUCGAUUUCGUUGAGCUUACCAAGAAACGAAACUUGGACAUACGUUUUAUCGAAUUCAUGCCUUUCGGUGGUAAUGAGUUCAGCAAGUCAACAUUUGUCAGCUAUGCCGAACAAUUGGCGCUGAUCCGCGAAAAGUUUGGUGACGCUCUGGUUCGCCUCCCAGAUGGGGAAAACGACACAUCAAAGGCAUAUAAAAUUGAGGGCCACAUAGGACAGUUCGGAUUUAUUAGUUCGAUGAGCGAGAACUUUUGUUCUACUUGCAAUCGGAUACGUUUGACGGCGAAUGGAAAUCUUAAGGUGUGUCUGCACAGCAAUGCCGAGACGAGCCUUCUGAAAGUGCUGCGAGCUGGCGGAACGGAAGAAGAUAUCGAGAAAACCAUACGAGAAGCGUUACAAGGAAAGCAUCGCCAGCAUGCAGGCCUCGACAAUCUAUUACAUUUGGAAAAUCGACCGAUGGUACUUAUCGGGGGGCUAAUCUCUCCGAAUGCUGGAUUAAAUUUUCUGACAUUUACAAAAUCUACCCCGCUAGCCAUUCCACAUAGAUCAUAUUCCACAAAAGCACUUACCCAUGUAUCUUCUACCGGUUCUGCUCGGCAAGUCGAUGUCUCUAAUAAAGUACCCACAAGACGAGAAGCUAUUGCCCAAGCUACCAUAAAAGUAACUCCCGAAAUAUUCAUCGCAAUCAAAGAAAACAACCUAAAAAAGGGUGAUGUGCUAGCUGUUGCAAAUAUUGCAUCCAUACAAGCUUCUAAGCAUACUUCUAAUUUAAUUCCGUUGUGUCAUAAUAUUCCGAUUUCGCAGUGCAAGACCAAAUUCGAAAUGGACGAGACAAGCCAUACAAUUAUUAUUGAAACAAGUGUUGUGACGGUAUCGCAAACUGGUGUUGAAAUGGAAGCUCUUACUGCGGUUACCAUUGCUGCACUGACUAUCUAUGAUAUGUGUAAAGCUAUUUCGCAGAAUAUGCAAAUCAACAACGUUCGGCUGGUUUCUAAAACUGGCGGCAAAUCUGAUAUUUCCCCGUCGACUGUCCACGAAAAU